AUAAUCCGACCAUUCGUUUCUUGAGGUGUCGUCAGUGUCACAUCGACUCUAACCCGGACUUUGUGCGCAAAGAACUCAGGUAACGUCAAGUCACUCGGGACGAACCGGGAAAAAUCCUGUUGCGAGCAUCUUCAUUGGAAAGCAAGAACUUUUUGUGUGACAAAAGAAGUUGAUCAAGGAUGAAAUUAACUAUCGCCCUGCUGAUGGUCGCCGCCGUCGUACUCUCGACGACGGUCACCGCGGACGAUCAUGAGAGUAACGAUGACUACAUGCACCUGCCAGGGAAAAGCUGCGACGACGCUCCGCCUUGUCCCGACGGCAGACCCUGCGUAAUGGCACCACCUCAUUGCAACAGUGGCACGUGCGGCACGGAUCCGGUGCCGCAGUGCGGGCCGAAAGAGGCCUCCCCGUAAACGCGCGAACCCGAGGAAAGAUCUACGCUGCACCUUCGAUCCUCCAUAUAUUGUAUCUUCACGUUACCACUUGCGAUUAAUAAAAAGUUAUUGAUGUCGCCUAUAGAAAAUCGCAGUGCGCUUAUACGUGUAAACGCGAUUAGGCAUCCAAUCCGAUACCACAAUUCAGAAAAAUGAGUUAGAAAUAUUAAUAAAAUGUUAAAGUAGAUAGUUCGAAUGUUUCUGUCAUUGCUAAAAGUUAUUAAAGAUAUAAUACAAAUAAAUUUGCUGCUGAUACAAAUU